AUGGGUAUUCUCAACGACGACGCCGUUUUAAUCGAGCCGGGUAAAAACUCCGGCGAUCCCAGCAUCGUUACCGUCAAUUGUCCUGAUGAAUCCGGUCUUGGUUCCACUCUCUGUCGAAUCAUCCUCGAAUUUGGUCUCUCCAUUACCAGAGCUGAUUUUUCAACAGAUGGAAGAUGGUGUUAUAUUGUGUUUUGGGUGAUUCCAGAUUCUCCUGCUAAAGUCGAUUUAGACAGCUUAAAGAAUCGUCUCUUAUCUGCUUGUCCAUCUUGCUUAGGCACCUUUUACUUUUGUCUUCAAUCAAAUGUCUCUAAGCCUCCUUCGCUUUAUCUCCUCAAGUUCUUCUGCCGCGACAGGAAAGGAUUGCUUCAUGAUGUUACUAAAGUCUUGACAGAGCUUGAAUUUACGAUCCAAAGGGUUAAAGUCAUGACAACACCAGAUGGUAGAGUCUUGGACAUGUUUUUCAUCACUGACGCAAUGGAUCUAUUGCAUACGAAACAGAGACAAACCGAAACGUGUGACCAUCUAACCGCUGUGCUCGGGGAACAUGGUGUGAGCUGUGAGCUUGAACUAGCUGGACCUGAGUUAGAGAGCGUGCAACGGUUCUCUACGCUUUCGCCUGUGGCUGCGGACGAGCUGUUUGGUCUAGAUGGGUCUGAUGUUAGCUCUAGGGCUAACAAAGCGGUUCUUACGGUUGAUAAUCAGUUGAGCCCUGCGCAUACGUUGCUUCAGAUUCAUUGUGUUGAUCAAAAGGGACUUUUCUAUGAUAUCCUCAGGACUUCCAAAGACUGCGAUGUCCACAUUGCUUAUGGUAGAUUCUCGUCAAAGGUUAAAGGAUAUAGGAAUUUGGAGUUGUUUGUUCGAGGCACAGACGGAAAGAAAAUAGCAGACCUGGAACAUCAAGCCAACUUAUGUUCUCGUCUUAAAGAGGAAAUGUCGUGUCCUUUGCGAGUGAUAAUCGUGAACCGAGGACCAGAUUCUGAGCUGUUAGUAGCCAACCCUGUGGAGCUAUCUGGAAAAGGAAGACCGCGAGUUUUCUAUGAUGUCACGCUCGCCUUGAAAUCACUUGGAAUCUGCAUCUUCUCUGCUGAAAUUGGGAGGCACUCAACUUUAGAUCGACAAUGGGAAGUUUAUAGAUUUCUUUUGGAUGAGAGUCGUGAGUUUCCGUUGGCUAGCCUCCGUGCGAGAAAUCAGAUAGUGGAUAGAGUCACAAAGACACUUAUGGGUUGGUGA